AUUAAAAUAAUUUUAUCUUCUAUAUUAAUUAUAAUAACAAGAAUUAUAUAUUUUAUAAAUCAUCCACUAUCUAUAGGAAUAAUAAUUCUAAUACAAACAAUAAUUACAUGUAUAAUUAGAGGAAUACUAGUUAAAACAUAUUGAUUUUCAUAUAUUUUAUUUUUAAUUUUUUUAGGUGGAUUAUUAGUAUUAUUUAUUUAUGUUUCUAGAAUUGCAUCUAAUGAAUUAUUUUUAUUUAACUUAAAUAUAAAAAUAUUAAAUAUUAUUAUUAUAAUAAUUAUUAUUAUUAUAAUAAUAUAUUUUAUUAAUAUUAAAUAUAAUAAUUUAAUUGAAAAUAACUCAGAAAUAAAUAAAUUAUUUACAAAAAUAUUAUUUUUUAAUGAUGAAAACAAAAUUAAUUUAAACAAAAUAUAUAAUAAUCAAACAUCAUUUUUAACAAUAAUAUUAAUUAUUUAUUUAUUUGUUAAUUUAGUAGCAGUAGUAAAAAUUACAAAUAUUUUUUAUGGACCAUUACGAUCAUCAAAUAAAUAA